CAUCCUCAGCCUGAUCAUGGAGAAGUUUCACGGGCAUGAAAUCUUUGUUCAGCUGUUACAUCUUCUCCUCCUGCUUCUCUUAUCCCUUCAAUGCCUUUCUUCGGAUUACACUCCUCCAAGUAAGUACUUCAUCAACUGUGGGUCAAGCUCCAAUAUCAGCGAUACCAGGAGGACCUUCGUCGGUGACGAAAGUUCUGACUCCUUCACCUUAUCUCCCAAGCAGGAGGCUGUUGAAGACAACAGACCUUCUCCGGCUACAUCUCAAAUCUAUCAAACAGCGAGACUUUUCAGAAGCCCGUCCUCAUAUGAGUUUGACAUCGACCAAAUCGGCAUUUACUUGGUACGCCUCCAUUUCUUCCCCUUUUCCUCCCCAACCGAUCUCUUCACUGCUCUUUUCGAUGUUUCGAUUUCUGGGUUGCCCGUGUUGCUUCAUAAUUUCACUGUGCAAAACACCAGAAAUCUUCCUCUCAUAAAGGAAUUCUUACUCACCGUUAAUAUCAGCAAAUUCAUAGUGAAAUUUGAACCGUCUCAACAGUCGUCCUUCGCAUUUGUAAAUGCUAUAGAAGUCUUUAUUGCUCCUGAUAGCUUCAUCCCUGAUUCUGCUCUACUAGUGACUCCAGCAGGAAGUAAAAAUAGUAGCUACAAGGGUAUAUCCUCUCGAGUUCUGCAAAAAGUUCACAGGAUCAAUGUUGGGGGCAGUGAUAUCGAACCCGAUUCUGAUACUCUAUGGAGAAAAUGGGUUCCAGAUGACCCUUAUCUUUUUAAUAAGAGCGCUGCAAGAAAUCGAUCUGCCUCUACAGAUACUAGCUACCAGCGAAUCUUGAGUGGAUAUAACGACAGUACUCGUUAUAUUGCCCCACCUCUUGUUUAUAUGAGUGCCAAAGAAAUGAAUAAAAAUGGCAAUGAUCCGUUGCAAUUUUUCAACAUCAGUUGGGGUUUUGAUGUGUCCAAGAAUGCUAAGCACCUUCUUCGGGUUCACUUCUGCUACUUUAUUAGCAGCUCUGGGUCAUUUAAUCCACGGCUCAAUCUCUAUAUUUAUAGCUUCUUCAGUCAGAAAAUAGAUAAUAUCCCCUUGGGAGCUCCUUUUUUCCUUGAUCUUUUAGUUGUUUCAGAUGAUUCUGGAUUUCUCAAUGUCAGUAUAGGGCCUCAGAUUGAUUCUCCAGUUAACAAUUCCUUCCUCAAUGGCCUGGAGAUUAUGGAAAUCAUGGAGGAAUUGGGUUGGGUUUCUAUGGAAAAUGAGUCUAAGAAGAAAACUACACCUCUCCUGACUGGUUUAGUUGUAGGAGGUUUGGCUCUCGUCGGCAUUGUGAUAAUUGUGCUCUCAUUGCGAUUAAAAUGCAGGAAGGAAAAGCCUGCUGAAGCUUCACACUGGUUGCCAGUUACUGUUGAUGGGGGAUUGAGUUCCCACAGCAGGGUGUAUGAGGCAACCAUCCAUGGCUCCCCUGUUCCUCAUUUAAAUCUGGGAUUAAAAAUACCUUUUGCAGAAAUUCAGUCAGCAACAAACAACUUCAGCCGCAAGUUGCUGGUUGGUAAGGGUGGAUUCGGCGAAGUCUACCAAGGACUUCUCAGGAAUGGCAUGAAAGUGGCAGUGAAGAGAAGUCAGCCAGGACAUGGCCAAGGCCUGCCUGAAUUCCAGACUGAGAUAUUGGUGUUAUCCAAAAUUCGCCAUCACCACCUGGUUUCCUUGAUUGGAUAUUGUGACGAAAUGAAUGAAAUGAUCCUGGUUUAUGAAUUUAUGCAGGAAGGCACUCUGAGAAAUCAUCUGUAUGGUUCAGAUUUGCCUUGUUUAUCUUGGAAGCAAAGGCUGGAAAUUUGCAUUGGUGCAGCAAGGGGACUUCACUACCUCCACACAGGUUCAGAAGGGGGAAUCAUUCACCGUGAUAUUAAGUCCACAAACAUCUUGCUUGAUGACAACUUUGUUGCUAAAGUUGCUGAUUUUGGAUUAUCAAGAUCAGGUCUUCCUCAACAAACCCAUGUCAGCACAGCUGUAAAAGGCACCUUUGGAUAUCUCGAUCCAGAGUACUUCAGGACCCAACAGUUGACAGACAAAUCCGAUGUUUACUCUUUUGGUGUGGUUCUUCUGGAAGUGCUAUGUGCCAGACCAGUUAUCAAUCCCUCACUUCCAAGGGAGCAAAUGAACCUAGCUGAAUGGGUGAUGGUUUGGCAGAAGAAAGGAUUACUUGAACAGGUUAUUGAUCCUUUGCUCGUGGGUAAAGUCAAUCUCAACUCACUAAGAAAAUUUGGUGAAACAGCAGAAAAAUGUUUGAAGGAAGAUGGCACGGAUAGGCCUACUAUGGGUGAUGUGAUGUGGGACUUGGAGUAUGCUUUUCAACUUCAACAAACUGCAAUGCAGAGGGAGCCAUUAGAGGACAGCACAAACGAUGCUGCUUCCACAUUUCCAUUGCCUACCAUUCAGCGUUAUCCUUCAUAUAGCUUAUCAAUUUCAGACAUCCAUGGGCCCAAAAGAAGGGACGGCAGUUCAGAGACAACAGAAAGCGAAGUUUUCUCCCAGUUGAGGAUUGCCGAUGGCAGAUAAUUUCAGUGUCUUUGAGGCAAGGUUAUGAAUUCAUGUUUGUUCAGCUUCCACACACUGUAGCCGGAGUGGGAUCAGUGAUUUAGUUUGUCAAUUGCUUAAGAUGUUGUUUCUAAUGGGCUCAAGGGACUAGUUUAUUAGCCUUGAUAAUUUGGCAGAUUAGCUUGUGUCAAAUAAAUUUCAGUUUAUGAGAAAUUCGAUUAAUAAAUCUCUACCCCAUUAGAAACUCUUCCCCUGCUUCUCUUGUUGAUUAAUUCAUUCAAAUUACAUGAAUAUCACUGCUUCUGUUCUCUA